CUCUUCAAACUCUAUAAUGUCUACAUUUUAUAAACAAAGAUGGUUGAAGUAGUGAUGUUACAGAUGAACAUUUUAUGAAUGUCACAACAUGAAAUGGUCAACGUAUUUGAGACUAAAUAAAUCAAUAAAUAUAUUAUGAAACGAGUUCAUCUUAGCAAGGCAUUUUUGCUAGCUACAAGCUAUAUGAAGCGAUCACAGGACUAGAACCAAAGCAUCACUUUUCAACUCCAGGAUUUUGGCAGAACCAGAGAAGAAAAUCUGGCAUUUGAAUUAAAAUGGCAGGGACAAAAAUUCUGUUGAUAGCUCUAUUUAUCUUUAUAAUAGCAUUCUAUCUGAUUCCAGUUAACGCCAAUUUCCGCAAGAGCAUGUAUUUCUAUUGGGGUGCUGAGCAUUCUGCGAUUCUUGGCAAUGGUGAUGAGCUUCAACUUGUUUUGGAUCAAACAUCAGGUUCUGGCAUUAAAUCAAAGCGAUCAUUCUUGUUCGGAAGCAUUCAAAUGUUGAUCAAGUUGGUACCUGGAAACUCAGCUGGAACAGUCAAUGCCUACUAUGUAUCUUCUGCUGGGGACAAACAUGAUGAGAUAGACUUCGAAUUUUUAGGGAAUGUCUCAGGCCAACCAUACAUCAUCCACACAAAUAUCUAUCUGCAAGGAAAUGGAAGCAAGGAACAGCAGUUCUACCCUUGGUUCGACCCAACUGCAGAUUUCCACAACUAUACAAUUCAUUGGAACCCUACUGCAGUAGUGUGGUACGUUGACGGCAUACCAAUACGUGUUUUCCGCAAUUAUGAGGAGGAGGGAAUUGCUUAUCCAAACAAACAAGGGAUGCGAGUUUACUCCAGCUUAUGGAAUGCAGACAACUGGGCAACUAAAGGCGGGUUAGUUAAGAUUGAUUGGAAUAGUGCACCAUUCAUAGCAACACAUCGCACUUUCAGGGCAAGAGCUUGCAAGUGGAAUGGACCGGUCAGCAUAAUUGAAUGUGCUUCCAACACUCCUGCUAACUGGUGGACAUCACCAACAUACAGCCAGUUGAGUUAUGGCAAGCAGGGUCAAAUGAAGUGGGUGAGAGAUAACUACAUGAUUUAUGAUUACUGCAAGGAUAUUAAGCGGUUCAAUGGACAGAUACCAGCGGAAUGUUUUAAACUACAGUUCUGAAAUUAAGGGUCCCGGUGUGUUUU